AUGCUAGCCGAACGAAUCGUCGUCACCAUCAACAGCGCAGCCAAGGAUGGCAUCAACACUUCGACUAAAGAUUUCCAUCUACUUGCCAGCGAUGGCGAUAUUCUCGGGCAGAGAAUGAAGAAAGCCUGGCCUCCAGGAGACACACAUCGACCGAUCAAACGUCUCUUCACACCGGAGAUCAAGCGGAUGCUCAAAGAUUGGCUUGUCCGGCGACGAGACAAUCCGUAUCCAAAUCGCGAAGAGAAAAAGCAGCUGGCCAAUGAAACCGGGCUAACAUACACACAAAUCUGCAACUGGUUUGCCAACUGGCGCCGGAAGCUGAAGAACUCCGGUAAUGAUCCGAACCGAAAGACCUGGGGUAAUCUAAUUAAGAACUACAACAACAGUGCCAAAGGUAAUGUAGAACAAUUCAGCAUAUGUUCCAGUGAUAGCAUUUGGGGCGAAAAUGGCGACGACUCACAGGAAUCCAGAUCACCGACACAAAGCUUUCCCAGGCAUGGCCAGUAUGUGACCUACGCGAACAACAAUAAUAAUAAUAAAAAUAACAUAAACAACAACAAUAAACAUGGUUUUGUGAAUUACAUGGAAAUCAUGAAUCGGAGGGGCAGCGAGUUAUCGGAUAGUGAUAAAAAUGAAAGCUAUUCUGGUAACAUGUACUCCGACCAUUGCUAUACCCCAAAGAAUUACUGCUCCGUGUUUGGAAUUCCUGGACAGAGGCAUUGUGUGCAAACCUCUUCCACGAACGCAGAUUGCUCAACCGAUUUCAAUGCUAACACGACGUCGAUCAUAACGGCCAGUUUUCCGCAUGCAUAUCGAGCAGACAAUGGUACCUACUAUCUGACACCAAGUACCACAGUAUGUCCAGCCAGUAACCAAAAAACUAAUACCAACAAGUACAAAAACAGUAUCAUGGAAAAGUACCUUCGAGAUCUAGGGGAAGGAGAUCCAGAUGUUUUACCAACCAGUGAUGGUGAACCUUCAGACUGUGCAAAUCCUUUCCAACAAUCGCAGCCGACAAUAUCAUCCCAACAAACUAGUUAUGAGUCUCGCGGACCUCCGUCGCUUUCAAAGUGGCUCGAGAGUACGGCCAAAUUUACCCCAUCAAAAAACAAUUACAUUGACUGGGACCAACCGGGGAAACCUUGCACUUCGAAAAAACGCGGUGAUUCCAAUUAUUUCAAUCACCCUUCAUCGCCGCAGCCACCCACAUCAACAUCCUCCCAUCCCCAGGGGUUGGAAACUACACUUCAUCGUGAAGAAAUUCAUCAAAAGGACGAAAUUGAUGCUGCUGAAGCGUUAACAAGGCUAGCGAAUAACUUUCGGUUGAAAUUUUACACAUGAUACUAGCUCGUACAAUGGCAGUCGUUGUCGAUUCUAGAUCUGCCAGUGUCAAUUUUUAAUGUAGGUACAGCGAGUGCACUAAAUCUUGAAUUUCUUUUAAAAAAAACAGUCCUCCGGGAAUGUAGUAGCAUAGCUUUUGCUUUUUUAUGCCAGCAAGCCCUUCGGCAGAAAAUUCAGAUCUGAAGAUAGGAAGAAAUAACAACAGGGCUCAAAAACCCUGUCUCAUUUACUCCGGUUGUCUUCUCGCUAGGCCCGCAUGCUACUUUAAACCGAAUUUGUUUAUAAACCUGGUUCAUCCAGCAUAGCAGCGGUAUUUAAACCUUAACACUGUUGUUGCGGUUAACUCGAAAGUACUCAUUUUGAAACGCAGUUCCAAAACAUCUAGUACUACGGUAUACGGGUCGAUCUGUCAAACUGCAUAUAUCAUUCAUUAAUUUUCGGUUAGAGUUAGCACAAACCCAGGUUAAUAAACGGAUUGAUCAUUAUGGCCCAAGAAACGAAUUAAUCAUUAUGGCCCAGCUAAAUUCACAAUUACUCUAAAGCAAUAGCAUUCCCGACUAUAGAGACGCUAUUUUGACAGAAAACUAUGCUUUAUUAGUAAAAACAUGGAUGUUAAUAGUAUGUUUUUUUUAAAUAGUAGAAGAAUUCAUUUGACUGAAACCGUCAGUACAGUAAUAAUAGUCUGUUUUUUAAGUACUCACUUAGAUGAAGUUCUUGUUAUUUUGAUUGUUAAUGUUAAGUUUAGUAACAGUUUACAGAAAAAAAGACUUUAAUGUGAAUAAAUGU